GAAUAUAAUGUGUUUUGAAUUUUUACCUUAGCAUUAAUUUUUUCUUCCGCCGACGCUCCGUGUGUCUGCUACAUUAUUAUUAACCAACACCCUGAAAGGGAUUUGACCCUUAACCUGCGUGUCAUUCACCCCAAAGCAAAACGUUAUAAAUAUUCAAAUUUAUCUCUGCCAUUUAUUUCUGUUUCACUACCACUUCCAUCUUCGUUGACAUGUCUACCAAUCUCUGCUUUGAAGGAAUGGAUGAAAGGCGAGAGAGGAAGUUGAGUUUUGAGAAUAAUUCUGAGGAUGAUAGAUGGGCAAAAAUUGGUAGCCUGAAAAAGAAAGCAUUAUUCGCGUCCACCAAAUUUAGACAUUCUUUUAAGAAGAAAAGAAGCAGAAAAAUUGAUAGCAGGAGCAAUUCCCUCUCCAUUGAGGAUGUGCGAGAUGUUAAAGACCUUCAAGCAGUGGAUGCAUUUCGACAGGCACUAGUGUUAGAUAACAUGCUUCCUCCAAUACAUGAUGACUAUCAUAUGCUAUUGAGAUUCUUGAAAGCAAGGAAGUUUGAUAUUGAGAAAGCAAAGCACAUGUGGGCCAAUAUGAUCCAAUGGAGGAAAGAAUAUGGUACAGAUACAAUUAUGGAGGAUUUUGAAUUCAAGGAGUUGAAUGAAGUCCUGAAGUACUACCCGCAUGGUUAUCAUGGUGUAGAUAGGGAAGGAAGACCUGUUUAUAUUGAGAGGCUAGGGAAAGUUGAUCCCAAUAGGCUUAUGCAAGUAACUACCUUGGAAAGGUAUUUGAGAUACCAUGUGCAGGGUUUUGAGAAAACAUUUGCUGUUAAGUUUCCGGCUUGCUCAAUAGCUGCUAAAAGACACAUAGAUUCAAGUACAACCAUUUUGGAUGUUCAAGGCGUGGGCUUCAAAAACCUAACAAAGUCUGCACGGGAACUCAUCACCCGGCUGCAGAAGAUUGAUGGUGAUUACUAUCCUGAAACACUCUGCCAAAUGUUUAUCAUUAAUGCUGGUCCUGGUUUUAAGAUGCUCUGGAACACGGUGAAAACAUUUCUUGAUCCCAAAACUACUUCAAAGAUUCAUGUUCUUGGAAACAAGUUCCACAGUAAAUUACUUGAGAUUAUAGAUGAGAGUGAGCUGCCAGAAUUUCUUGCUGGUAGUUGCACUUGUGUAGAUCAAGGUGGUUGUAUGAGGUCUGAUAAAGGGCCAUGGCAAGACCCAAACAUUUUAAAGAUGGUUCUUAGUGGUGAAGUAGGAUGUUCUAAGCAAAUAGUAACAGUUUCCAAUGAUGAGGGGAGGGUGAUUGAAUGUGACAAGAUAUCUUAUCCAAUGAUUAGAGGUAGCGAUACAUCUACAGGAGAAUCAGGAUCUGAAGUUGAAGAUAUAGCUUCUCCCAAAGCAUGUGGGAAUUGUAUAAGCUCUAUGUUAACUCCUGUCCUUGAAGAAGCAAGAAUGGUUGGCAAGACUAGUCAUGCUGGAAGUUUAGUUGAGUAUGUUCCCAUGGUUGACAAAGCCAUUAAUGUUGGAUCAAAGGAAAAGCAAGCAACACCUCGAAAGUUAUUUUGUUCAACAGCGGGCUUCAUUUUGGCCCUAUAUACUUUUGCUCGAUCAAUAACAUUUCGUGUCACUAAGGGAAUGCGGUACUCAGAAUCUAAUUCUGCCAGAAAUAUACUUAACAUGACUGUUGACUCAAUAUCCAAGGGGGAAUCUCGUCCUCCUUCAUAUUCUCCCGGCGGAUUCACAAAGGCAAACCUUCCCUCAUCUACCUUAAAACGCCUUGGUGAGCUUGAAGAGAAAGUUGAUAUGCUACAGUCAAAGCCUAGUGUGAUGCCACAUGAGAAAGAGGAGCUACUUAAUGCUGCUGUUUAUCGUGUCGAUGCAUUGGAAGCAGAGUUGAUAGCUACAAAGAAGGCUUUGUACGAAGCUUUGAUAAGACAAGAAGAGCUUAUGGCAUAUAUAGACAGUCAGGAAAGAGACAAAUUCAAGAGAAAGGGUUGCUGGUGAAGAGAAUACUGCACAUGGUCGAGCUGUUCGGUGGUAUCAUACUUCUCUCUCUUUCAACAUGUAUAAUACGAGGAGAAACAAUUGACGUGUAAUAAUGUAUAAAAUUACGGUUAACAUUGGGUACUGAGUCUCUAUUUUCCAAGUAUGGUGAUUUCAAUAACAUACUUGAGAAGGGAACUAGAGGCUUCUUCAUUUGAACACUGUUUUGUUUGGGUAUUCGAAAUGAAUAAUGUUACACCCAAACACUUACAUACAAAUUAUUUCAUAUUUAUAUAAUUUUCAUUAUCUAAUUACAAUUAAUUCUA